AUGGAAGAAAUUUGUGCUAUUCUUGAAGCAAUCGAGACUUCUAAGCGCCUUCGACGCCACAUAAUCAGGCCCUUUCGGGAGCCUAACAACUUUGCCUCCUUCUGCUCAAAUGUCGUAAUCUCUACAUCUUUGCCUUGCUCGCCACCAACGCCACCGACAACGAGGCCACAAGGGCGAGCAUCAGCGAGUCCUAUGCUCACUUUAUCGUCUCCUCUUCACCGGUCUUUUGGUUGUCUUGAGGGGAGCCCACUAGAUAGUGACUCUAGCAACAAGGGCAGUGAGACUAUUUCAAUCAAUCCUCGUAGCAUGAAUAUUCUACACCAUCAUCUACAGGAAGAGUGGCAGCCCCCCCCUCAAAUAGGCAGUAACUGCGUUGAGGAGUCAAGUUAUCCAGGAUCGAUGAUGAGCAAAGACACAUCGGGGGAGGAGAACAAAAGCAUUUCUUUGGCUUGGAAAGCAUCAGAAUCCGGACAGAAAAGGGAGGUGUGUAAGGAAAUAGCUUCGGAUGAGGAUGAGGAGGAGCCAAGGAAAGAUGAAAAGGGGAAGAUCAGAAUUGGGGACCUGGCUCGGAAUUCCGAAGAUAAGAUAGAAAAGGUAAGGGAAGAGGUGAAAGAGCCGAAAGUGGAUUCGAAAGCCAUAAGGGCUGUGGAAGAGGAUUUAGAGGAGGACGAGAAUGGUGGUCCUGAAACUUCUUUGCUUGUUAUACACGAGGACAGAGGCGUGCGCUCCAGUUCGGCUGACUUGAUUGUGGACGGGGUUAAUCUUCGCGAGAUCAGGGAUUUUGCACGUAUAUUCAAGAUGAAGAGACUAAGUCUCGGCCUUACACAGACGCAAAUUGGCCAGGCCUUGACAUCCACAGAAGGCCCGGCAUACAGUCAGAGUGCAAUCUGCCGGUAA